AUGGAGGCGAACGUGAGCGACGAGAGCGGCCCCUUCCCCUCGUACCCCUUCGACUUCCUGGACUUCCUGACGCACCAGCAGCGCCCGGAGCCCCCCGAGCCCUUCGAGCCGCCCCCCAAACCGCUCCCGCUGCCCCCCGGCCCCUUCGAGUUCCCCUCCCCCUUCCCGCGCUGGGGGCUCCUUCCCCUCCCCCCCCUGGGGCAUCGUGGACCUCUCGGGCCACCAGCACCUCCUGGGCGGCCUCAAACGCGGCGGCGGCACCGCGGCGGGCCCCCGGUGAGUCCCGGCACGGCACCGGAUCCCGGCGAGGAGCGCGGGUACUUCCGGCGCCUCAAGUUCCUGGUGGAGCGGCGAUUCGGCGCCGCCGGGCACAGGGGAGCGCGGCCGGGAGCGGCGCCGGCGCACGCCGAGGGGCGCCCCUACGAGUGCCGCACCUGCGGCCGCACCUACAGCCACGGCUCCAGCCUGGUGCGGCACCGGCGCUGCCACCGGCACGGCGCCGACGAGGCCACCGGGAGCGGCGGGGUCAACGCGGCGGCCAACGGGGCCAAUGGGGUCAACGCGGCGGCCAACGGGGUCAACAGUGUGGUCGGCGUCAACGCGGCGGCCAAUAGAGUCAACGUGGCGGCCAAUGGGGUCAACGCAACGGCCAAUGGGGUCAACGUGGCGCCCAAUGGAGUCAACAGCAUCAUUGGCGUCAACGUUGCGGCCAAUAGAGUCAACGCAUCGACCAACGGGGUCAUCACGGCGGCCAAUGGGGUCAACACGGUGGCCAAUGGGGUCAAUGUGGCCAACGGGGUCAACGCGGUGGUCAACGUCAACGCAGUGGUCAACAGAGUCAACACAGCGGCCAAUGGGGUCAACGUUUCGGCCAACGGGGUCAACACGGCGGUCAACGUCAACCCAGCACCCAACGGGGUCAACACAUCCACCAAUGGAGUCAAUGUGGUGGCCAGCGGGGUCAACACGGUGGCCAACGUCAACACGGCGGCCAACGGGGUCAACGUGGCGCCCAAUGGGGUCAACACGGCCGGAAGGAUCAACACGGUGGCCGGAGGGGUCAACGUGGCCAACGGGGUCAAUGUGGCGCCCAAUGGGGUCAACGCGGCACCCAACGGGGUCAAUGGGGUCAACGCAACACCCAACGGAGCCAACGUCUUGGCCAACCUCCCUGCGGCGCCCAACGGGCCCAACCCGCUGCCGUUGGCGCUCAACGCGGCGCCCAACGCGGUCCCCGGCGGGGUGGGUCUGGUGGCGCCGGGCGUGGCGGUGGCGGUGCCCAACGCGGUGAUCCCGGUGGCGGGCGGGGUCCUGCUGGCGGCGCCGGGCGCGGCGGAGGGGCCGCUGAGCUGCCCGCUGUGCUGGAAGGCGUUCAAGAAGCCGAGUCACCUGGCGCAGCACCAGAUCAUCCACACCGGCGAGAAGCCCUUCGCCUGCGCCGCGUGCGGCCGCGCCUUCAACCGGCGCGAGAGUUUGACGCGGCACGUCAAGACGCACGCGGGGCCGCGGCGCGUGCCGUGCGGCGUCUGCGGCAAGGAGUUCCGCGACGCGGCGUACCUGCUGCGGCACCAGGCCAGCCACGGCGCGCCGCGCCCCGCGCACCGCUGCGACGUCUGCGGCAAAGCCUACGCCGCGCCGCAGAGCCUGCUGCGGCACCGCCGCGCCCACGGCGAGGGUGACAACACCGGGAGCGCCACGAGGCACCACAACGGCACAGAGUGGUGGCGCAGCUUCGUGUGCGGCGUGUGCGGGCGCGGCUUCGGGCGGCGCGAGACGCUGCGGCGGCACGAGCGCAUCCACACCGGGGAGAAGCCGCACGAGUGCGGCGUGUGCGGGAAGCGCUUCCGCGAGUCCUUCCACCUGCGCAAGCACCGCGUGGUGCACACCCGGGAGCGGCCGUACCGCUGCGAGGUCUGCGGCAAAGCCUUCGGCUACCCGCAGAGCCUCACGCGGCACCGCCAGGUGCACCGUGUGCCGACCGCUGAGGCGACGCCGACACCGACCGCGGCGCUGGGCUGCCAAUCCUGCGGCCGCCGCCUGCCCGAGCUGCUGCGCGCCGCCGCGCUCAAGGACGCGGUGACGGUGACGGCGACAUCGCCACGCGGCUGUGAGGCGUGCGGGCAGGUUUUUGGCUUUUUGGAGAACCUGGUGUGGCACCGCCUGGCGCGCCCGGUGCCGGCAGAAGCGCCGAGUCCCACCGAGGUGCCGCCAGCGGUGCCAAACGCGGGGCGGUUCAGCUGCGGCACGUGCGGGCAGAGCUUCAAGCGUUUCCUGGCGCUGGUGACGCACAAAUACGUUCACCUGUCGGCGUCGCGGCCGCGCUCCUGUGCCGCGUGUGGUCGGCGCUGCGCCGGCGCCUACGAGCUGCUGCUGCACCGGCGGCGGCACCUGCGGCGGCGCCCGCGGCGCUGCGGCGGCUGCGACCGGCGCUUCUGGGCGUUGGCGCUGCUGCGGCGGCACCGGCGCGUCUGCCCCGCCCGGCGCCGCCCGUUCCGCUGCCGCGCCUGCGGCCGCGCCUUCCCCCGGGCGCCGUUGCUGCGGCGGCACCGCGCCCGCCACGCCGCGACCCGCUGCCCGCUCUGCGCCAAGCGCUGCGCCGGCGCCGCCGGGCUGGCCGAGCACCAGCGGCGGCACGGCCCCGCGCGCCCCCGGCGGUGCCGGACCUGCGGGGAGACGUUCCGGUACCGCGGGAACCUGCUGGAGCACCGGCGGCGGCACCUCGGCGAGGACGUGUACCGCUGCGAGCGCUGCGGGAAGAGUUUCUUCUACCUGGGCUCCAUCGCGCGGCACCUCCGCGCUCACCGGCGCCGCCCGCGCUGCCCACGGUGCCGGCGGCGCUUCCCGCGCGCCGCGAUGCUGCGGCGGCACCUGCACGGGCACGGCGCCGCGCCGGGAUGCCAGCGGGAGGGGACGGAGGGACGGAGGGGACGGAGGGACGGACGGGAGCGGGAAGUGAUGGGGUGGAGGGGCAAGGGGGGCUGGCGGGAUGUGGCAGAAAAAUGGCAUAAAAUGGGACAAAAUGGGUCAAAAAUGGGUCCAAAAUGGCAGAAAAUGGGACAAAAAUGGGCCAAAAAUGGCAAUGAAUGGGCCAAAAUGGCAGAGAAUGGGCCAAAAAUGGUCAUAAAUAGGUCAAAAUCGCCAUAA